AAUCUAAGAGGUCAUAAUAAUGAUCAUUCAUCAACCAUUAUGGAUUCGAGAAGAUUUGGUAAUAGCCAUUCGCCAAGAGAAUAUGAUAAUAAAACUGGCUAUCAUCAUGCUCAAAAUGUUCUUAAAAAUAUGAAUGAAGAGCAAUAUAAGAGUUUUCAUGAUGAAGUAAUGCAGAUUCUUAGCAGUCUUGAUGAUGCAUUACAACUGGAUCAUACCAAAAGAUAG